AUGGGAUUUGGUGACUUCCAAGCAAUAUGUCAACAAUCUAUGGUACCACUGUGCUCCGCCAUAGGCCCGGCCUCUGCAAUUGAAGGAACUAUUGGCAUUGAAGCAAGUUGCUACGCGCGAAAUAUUGAAUUUGCCAAUACAAUCAUCUUUCAAGGAGCCUCCUCCUUCAUGCAUAUCGCCGCCUUGAUAAUGACAGUCAUCAUGAUAUUACACGUACGCAGCAAAUUCACUGCUGUUGGCCGCAAGGAAAUUACUGCCUUCUUCUACAUCUACAUGCUUCUCUCUUUCAUAUCCUUGGUUCUCGACUCUGGCGUGAUCCCACUCGGUAAUAAUGCAUAUCCAUACUUUGUUGCCGCACAAUCAGGUCUCACCUCAGCACUGUGCAUUUGUCUCUUGAUAAACGGAUUUGUUGGAUUUCAACUGUACGAGGACGGCACUUCUUUAUCCGUCUGGCUUCUUCGUACUCUUACGCUCGUCAUGUUCAGUAUGACAUUUUUAGUCGCUUUGGCAACCUUCAAGUCAUGGGCCGGCCUCAGCCCAACCAAGACAGUCGGACUUUUUGUGAUGCUCUACCUAGUUCCUGGCGUUGAACUAUUAAUUUAUAUCGUUUCGCAAAUUUUUCUAGUCACCAAUACCCUGCAGGACCGCUGGCCACUGGGAGACAUCGCAUUCGGGACCUUCUUUUUCAUCGUUGGCCAAGUCAUUCUAUACUUUAUGAGCACCACAAUCUGCGACGCUGCCCAACACUACCUUGACGGACUGUUCUUCGCCACAGUAUGCAACCUAUUAGCCGUCAUGAUGGUUUACAAGUACUGGGAUUCUAUUACAAGGGAAGAUCUAGAGUUUUCUGUUGGCACAAAGCAAAAUAACUGGGAGGUGAAGGAGCUUAUAUCAGAGGAUGACCGUCGUACUACUGUCUAUCAAGAUUCAGAUUAUUCAAAUAUGUACAGCCAUACACAACGCACUAGAAACUCGAACUACGGUGCAACAUUUUAA